ACAAGCGGCAGCUUGGCGUCGUUUAUGUUUUGUGUUGUUUGUUAUAAUUAUUAUUUUACUGUAGUUGUAGCAAAAUGAAAUAAGUUACACUGUAAUCUGUAAGUUAUAAAGAUAAACAAUGGAAGCUGAAGUAGUAUCUUCUUUUUUCUCAAAUCACAACGAAAUUCAGGCAUCCAAGGAUAUAGGCGACGAGUUCCUAGAACUCAUUGGUGAUUUAAAUUUCUCCUUGGAACAACUCAAACUGCCGCGAUCUGUAGAAUGCAUUUACAAUCCUACGUUAUAUGCGCGGGAAACUUUUGAAAUGUAUAUCAAAAAGUUUUGUACCACGAAAAAGGAUAUAAUGUAUUUCGGAAUGAACCCUGGACCAUGGGGCAUGUCACAGACUGGAGUGCCAUUUGGAGAAAUCAGUUCAGUCAGAGACUGGCUAGGUAUUCACGGGCCAGUCAAUAAACCUGACAACGAAAUUAAAGAUCGCCCAGUACAAGGUUUUGAGUGUACUAGGACUGAGGUAAGCGGGAAAAGAUUUUGGGGACUAUUCAAGGAAGUCUGUGGUACUCCGGAGAACUUUUUUAGAACCAGUUUUGUCUACAAUUACCUGCCCCAGCAAUGGAUGAAGAAUAAUGGUUGCAAUCUCACUCCUGGCGAUUUUAGGAUUUCAGAAAUGCAAGCCCUAUUUGAUAUCUGUGAUCCUAUCUUCAUUAAAGUCCUGGAACUGUAUGAUGUAAAAACUAUUGUGGCCAUCGGAAAGUUUUGUGAAACAAGAGCCCAGAAAGCUUUGAAGAUGCACAUUCCACAUAAAACCUAUCAGAUACUUUACAUUCCACAUCCAAGCCCCAGAGCUGUGAACAACAAUGACUGGGACAAAAAAGCUGUAGAAUACUUGAAGAAUCUAAAUCUAAUGCAAUAUUACACAUGAAGAAUUAACAUGUAGUUCCCAAACUGAACGAAAUCAGGUCACAAAGGUGUUACUAAUUUCAAAAAUGAUUGUGAUUUUAUUUUAUAAGAAACUCUUUAUGAAUAAGAAUUAUUAAUUAUAGUUAAUUAAUAAUUAGUAUUAGAAUUAUAUGUUCUAUAAGAGAGUAUUAUUUGAAGUAUGUUUCCAUCAUUAUGUUUAUGAUUUGAUUAAGUGUUUAGAAAUGUUUAAGUACCUACAUUUGCCAUUUUGUGAAAUGUGAUCUCAUUUACUACUUUGUAAGAUUAAAAUCUCUAAAAAAUAA